AUGACCCUCCCAAGACAUCAUGCUGCGCAUUCUCUCGUGAGUGGACCAAUACUGGAUGGUUCAAGGAAACUCACUCUUCUUUCCGCUUGCAUCAUUGUUGCAUUUUUAUUUACUUUUUCUGAAAACGUGCAUUCUGUGAGUAGUGCCAUCACUGGUGAUGCAUCACCACUCUCCUCCUCUCAAUCGGUUGUGGAUACCAACAAAAUCAUUCAACUCGUGAAUCGAUUGACACUCGAUAUUUCCAAAGAACAAUCUCAGAAAGAUUUACCUUUUCGAUCCUUCCCCAUUCAAUUUGCAGAACAACAAGGCUUAUUCAAGUCUUAUAUUCAUAUGAAUAAUGGUGGAUCCGAUCUAAAAUCAACACUCAUUAGAAGAUAUGCUAAAAUCCCUGAUUUGAAUAUGUUUGUUACGAAUUUUGUCGUGUUAGCUCAAAUUGAAACCCAAUACUUGAUUGAAAAUUCCAAGUAUGGAAAACAGGUGGACGAUGUAUUGGAUAUGAGUUCAUUAGAAAAUGCCAUUCAAGCAAUUCUCUCUUAUCAUGACAAUAAUUUCAAUGUAUCAACACCUGUCUAUAACUUUUGGCCACAACGAUUAUUACCCAAUUCAAAAUAUUAUCAAGCCUAUCCAGUGAAUUUAGUUGAUCCAAUGAAUGAAUUUGGGAGUAUUGAAAAGUAUUUAGAGCAAGUUUUGAAAUUUUUACAUUUAGAUGCAUUAUUGGAUGAUAUUGAAGAUUUGGCAGCUAGUUUUCAAUUUUUAGCACAAGCCUUUCACAUUCCUGCUGAUUAUGAUGAUACAAGUUGCAAUUUGGCACUUGGUUCCAUGUUGUAUAAAUACAUUAAAAACAAGAACCCAAAUCUCUAUGACAAAUGGAAUGCUAAAAACUCAAACAUUCAUGCUCUCUUCAAUGUGUUUGAACAAUUCUCGUACCAUCCAUCCAGUGCCAAACAAGUACCACCACCUCCUUUUAAUACCCUUUUGGAUAGUAGAAGUUAUUACAUUUUCCAUCAAUUUCUAGAACAAAAUCCAAACCUUCGAUUACCAAUGACAUGGCUUAUGAAUACAAAACAAGAUAGAGAGAGAUAUCCUGCUGUUGCUCAACCAUUCAAUGUCAAUAAUAUUGAUUUGAGUGUAUUAACAAAUUUCCUAUUUGGAAUUUCAUCUCAUGCGAUUCAUAGAAAUGAUUUUGAAUUGAAUAAUCAUCCCAUGAUUCAACAAAUGAUGUUAAAUGCAUCUGAAAUUAUUAGAUGUGCACUCAUGAAUGAUAUUGAAAUGGAUAGACCUGAUUUAUCUUUGGUUUAUUAUCCAAGUGUUUAUGAUUUUUAUUGGUUCAUUUCAAGAACAAGUUUUCUCCUCAGAAACUCUAAAUAUAGUAACUCUGUAUUGAGUACCAUUUCGAAUAGUUUAUACAAAUCAUUGACCACCUAUGUGACUCCAAAGAUUAUUAAAUUGGCACAAAGCACAGAGAAUGGCAAGAAUGAAUUUUAUUGGGAUGACUUUUUGGGUGAUUUCAAAGACAAGAAAUAUGGUGAAGAUCGUUUAUUUUCAACCUCAUUGGCACUCUCUGCACUUUUAGAUACAUGGACCGAUGAAUAUCCUGUUACUACUACUCGUACUGCUGCUACUCGUACGACUCAGACCACUGAACGUGAUCAUGGUGGCAAGAAGACUACAACUACUGAACGUGAUCUUUAUAACAACAUCCUCCAACAAGAAUAUCGUCGUCGUCGAUACCAUCCAAACACACCAAACACAGUCAAAGAACUCAUCUCUGGUGGUAUUUUGUAUUUACAAGAAAAUUUAUUUUCCUUCAUGGCAAGUCAUGAGAAUGCCUUCUUCUCAGGUUCAGUGAAAGGAUCUUCUGAUUAUCCUUAUUGGUAUCCAAGUAAUUAUUGUGAAUAUUUAAAUGGUACAAAAAUAAGACCAGUGAAUCAAGAUGACAUUACAAGUGAAUUAAUUGUAGGUGUUGAAGGAAUUAUUGAACCAUCGAAAUUGUAUGAUCAAAUGUUGAAAGAGAAAUGGUUUAAUAUGAGUGUUCCAACACAAUUUCAUGGUUUUGCCACUGAAGGUUUUCCAUUUUGGUCAAGUCCUGCAUUGACCUUAUCCAUGUCUCAAUUGGUAUUUUCUAAAUGGUUGAAUAUGAAUUGA